AUGCUGCGGCUGCUGGUGGCCAGCGCCCACAUCCCCGAGGCCACCGGCGCCGGGCCCGGUGUGCACGUGUCUGCCCGCUUCAGAGGCGUCCCCAGGAGCACCCGGGUGGUGCCGGAGGAGCGCAGCCCCACCUGGAACGAGACACUGGCAUGGCCACUGGGCACACGUCCCCUGCAACCCACGGCCAGCCUGACCCUGCGCCUCCGGCACUGGGGCCAGCCGGCACCCCGGGGGGACCUGGGUGCCACCACGGUGUCACUGGACCGGUUGGUGGCCAACCCCGGGCUGCUGCUGGACCUCAGCCAUGUCCCGCUGCUGGACGCCCGGGGACAGCCCACAGGGUGCACCGUCACCCUCCGCUGCUCCUACGUCCCCCGUGGCGUGGCUGGGGAUGUCGCAGUCCCCCUGCAAGGACGGGUGCCACCGCCGGCGGUGUCACCGGGGUCACCCCACCACCCCGGCAAGCCCUCGGCAGGGAGGAAAGAGGAUUUCCAGGUACGGGUGAGGGUCAUCGAGGGCCACCAGCUCCAGGGCAAUGACAUCAAGCCGGUGGUGACGGUCCUCAUCGGCCAGCACCGCUUCAGGACCAGGAUCCGGGUGGGGAACAACCCCUACUACAACGAGGUGUUUUGCCAAAAUUUCCACCGGACGCCCGCCCAGCUGGCAGCGGAGCCCAUCCGCAUUCAGGUUGAGGGGGGGAUCGGUGGCGCUGGCGCGGUGGGGGACAGCGGGGUGGCCUCUGACACCAUGUCCCCCGCCCCAUCACAGGUGCUGGACUCGCGGGCCACCCGUGCCAAAGCUGUCAUCGGCGUCUUCCAGCUGGACAUUGGCACCGUCUACCGGGCGCCGGGACACAGCUUGAGCUGGAAGUGGCUGAGCCUGCAGCAUCCCCACCGCCCCGACUCCGGGUCCCGGGGGUACCUCCGUGUCAGCCUGGCCGUCCUCCACGCCGGCGAGCCGGUGCCGGAGCAGGAGGAGCCGGCGGGGAACGAGGACGUGGAGGCCAACCUGCUGCAGCCAUCGCCGUGUGCCGCCACGCUCCAGCUCCGCGUCUACCGCGCCGAGGACCUACCGCAGGGUGGGCACCGGGUGGGUUUGGAGGCGGGGGGCGCGGAGCCGGCUCGGCCAUGCCUCCCCUCGGUGCUACCGGUCGGCGGAAAGCGGGGCUUCGUGGCGGCGGCAGUGCGGGUCAGCUUUGCCGGCAGGACGCUCUGCACCCGAGUGAUGCCCCCCGACGCCAACCCGGCAUGGAACGAGGUUUUCUUCUUCCCCCUGAGGCUGCCCCCCAUCUGUGAUGAGAUCGAGCUGGCCAUCCUCAGCGGGUCCCGCAGCAGCAAGGUCCUGGGCACCGCCACCCUCCACCUCUCCCAAAUCUCCUCCGCCGGUGCUGAGCUUGAGGAGGGGACCCCCGGCUUCUUACCCUGCUUUGGACCCAGCUUCCUCCCCUUCUACGGACCCCGGCCAGAUGCUGCCAGGACACCCAGCACUGACACUGGGGUGGCUUAUCGGGGCCGGGUGCUGCUGGAGCUCAGCACCCACAUGGGGACCCCGGACGGGCGCCAGCGAGACACCAUCACCCCCGAGGACAUCGCCCGGGUGCAGCGCCACUUGCCCCGCCGCCGGUUCGGGUUGUGCGGGAUCUUUUAUUCGGCCACCAUGGUGCCAGCCGGCCCCGAGCUCCUGCGCUUCGAGCUCAGUCUGGGCAAUUACGGGGACGCUGGCGAUGUCACCUGCAAGCCGGCCGCCUCCGUCACCCCACACGGUUGUCCCCUCUUUGAUGGCAACCGCUACCACUACCUGCCGUGGUACGGUGACAAGCCAGUGGCGGCUGUCACCUCAUCGUGGGAGGACGCCGGUCACCGUUGGGAUACCCUAAACCUCCUGCAAGCCAUGUGCCGGCGGUUGGAGAGGAACGUGGCGGAGCUACGGGGCGCCCGUGGGGACGCCCGGGGGGACAUCGGCAGGAGGCUGCUGCGCCAGCUGGCGCAGGACUGCCGGCGGGCGCUGCCCCGGCUGGAGGCGCAGCCUACCCCCACGCCGCUGGAUGCCCACCUGCGAGCGGCCCGUCUUCACCUCCUCCGGCGCGUGGCGGCGGCAGCGGUGCCGCCAAGAGCCGGCUGGGACACGUUGCUGCCGGUGGCCGAGGGCUGGCUGGGACGUGUGGCCGCGCUGGCCGUCGAGCCGCAGGCCGGCAUGCCCGACGUGCUGCUGUGGCUGCUGCGGGGGGAGCGGCGGGUGGCCUGCGCCCGUGUCCCCGCGACCGACCUCAUGUUCUCCCGGAGCGGCCCUGGCGCCUGUGGCAGACUCUGCGGCCGGAUCCAGACCCUCUUCCUGGCGGGCUCCGGGGACGUCCGUGCCCAGCUCCGGCUCCGUCUGUGGCUGGGACGGGUGGCCGACAGCGGGGACCUGCCACGACACCUCGAGGGCACCCUGCGUGUCUACGCCGAGACGUAUGAAAACCAGACCAAGCUGCUGGGCAAGUGGGGUCCCCGGGGGCUGCUGGGGCGCCCCGGCUUCUCCGACAGCGCCGGCAACGUGGGGCUCCCCCGCCACAGCAUCCGGCCCCCCAAGGGCUGGCGCUGGGAUGGACCCUGGACCGUGGAGCCCCAGCGGCGGCUGCUGCUGGACACGGAGACCAACGUGGGCGAGGUGCUGGAGGAGGUCUACGAGAACGAGAGCCGGCGGCUCAGCGGGGAGUGGGGACCUGCUGCCACGGCCAGCACCGACGCUGUGAGCGGGCGACGGCGUGGGGGGUGCCGGCGGCGGGGUGACGCGAAUGCAUCGGGGCUCAGCUCUCGCCCGGUUCUGCAGAGCGGCGCGGCGGUGCCACCCAAGGAGGAGGUGGCGUGUCCCCAAGGUUGGCACGUCACCGAUGGCUGGCGGGUGGACGUGACAGGGGCCGUGGAUGAGGCCGGUUGGGAGUACGGGGCGAGCGCAGCUCCUGGCAGCCCCCCGCCGGCAUGGCACGCCACCGAGAAGACGUACCACACACACCGGCGCCGGCGCUGGCUGCGCACCCGCCGCAGGGACCCCGGCGCCCAGGGACGGGAGCAGGAUGUGACCUCCUUCCUCCGGCUGCACAGCCCCGAGGCGGCGGCGGGGGCCGAGGCCUGGGAGUACGGGUCCCUCUGGGGCUGCCGCUUCCACCUCCAGCCCCGGGCGGGCGACGUGUGCCGGCGGCGCUGCUGGCAUCGGCGCAUGGUGCCCGCGCAGCCCCCGGCCGUGGCACCCCUCUUCCUCCUGGAGGGCUCCCCGGGCCCAGAGGACCCAGCUGAGGAGGACAAGCCGGCUGCAGCAGAGCGGCAGGCGCGGGGCUCGUCCCGGACCCCCCCCCAGCAGCCCGUGCCCCUCAUCCUCUGCACCUUCCAGCAGCCCAACUUCUUCCAGCUCCGCUGCUACAUCUUCCAGGCGCUGGAGCUGGCACCCUGCGGCUCCAAGGCCACCGCAGACCCCGUCGCCCACGUUGCCUUCGUGCACGUCAGCCAGAGCACCCGGGUGCUGCCCGGCACCCUGGACCCCCUCUGGGACCAGACGCUGCUCUUUCACCGGGUGCUGCUGUACGGGGACCCCCGGGGCGUCCGGGAUGAGCCCCCCGUCAUGGUGGUGGAGGUCUUCGACCAGGACGGAGGGGAUGGGUCCCUGGCGCAAGUCAGCACCCCGCCGUGGAGGCAGGGGGUCUUCAGCGUCCCCCAGGGCAUCCGGCCCGUCCUGCAGCUGGUGGCACUGGAGGUGCUGGCGUGGGGGCUGCGGGGGCUGCGUGGUGGCGUGCGGGCGCCCAGCCUGGAGGUGCAGUGCGGGGGCCGGACCCUGCGGACCCCCACCAUUGCCGACCUCACCGCCAACCCCAAUUUCCCCAUCAAUGCCUUCCUGCUGACGCUGCACCUGCCGGCGGAGGAGGAGUACGUGCCCCCCAUCCGCCUGCGGGUGCUGGACACGCGGGAUUUCGGGUACCGACCCGAGGUGGGGCAGGCCUGUGUGCGGAGCCUGGGGCAGCACUGCUGCCAGCCCCAAGGCGAGGGGCAUCCCCCCGGCCCUGGAACCCCCCCACCUGGCUCCGCCACUCCCUGGAGCAGGAUUGCUCAGAUGCUGCCCAGGAUCACCACUGAGAAGGGGGCUGUGGGCAAGGCUGCAGAGGAGGAGGAGGAUGAAGAUGAGGAUGACUGGUGGAGCAAAUUCUAUGCAGCCAUGGGGGACAAGGCAAAGAGCCAGCAGGGGACCAACAGGGACAGACUGAAGAUCUAUGGCUGCGAGCUGGAGGCGGUGCCCGAAUUCGAGGGGCUGCAGGAUUUCUGCCAGACCUUCCCGCUCUACCAGCCUGGGGAUCACCCCACAGCAGGGGAGGACCCCGUGCCUGUGGGCGAGUUCAAGGGUCUUUUCCAUAUCUACCCCCUGCCCGAGGACCCCGGGGUGCCCCCGCCUCCGCGCCACUUCCAGCAGCUGCCCCCCAGCCAACCCCAAAAGUGCCUGGUGCGGGUCUACGUCAUCCGGGCCUUUGAUCUGUCCCCCCGUGACAGGAACGGGCUGUGUGACCCCUACAUCCGCGUCUCACUGGGGACGAAGACGCUGAGCCAGCGGGACCAGUAUGUGCCCAACACCCUGGAGCCUGUUUUUGGCAGGCUGUUCGAGGUGACAGGCACCAUCCCGCUGGAGAAGGACCUGCAGGUCUCACUGCUGGACUACGACCUGCUGCCACCCGACCAGGAGAUCGGCACCACCACCAUCGACCUGGAGAACCGCCUGCUCUCCCGCUUCCGCGCCCACUGCGGGCUGCCCACCCUCUACCGCACCGCCGGCCCCGGGUGCUGGAGGGACCAGCUCCCCCCCAGCCGGACACUGGAGCACUUUGCCCGCAGCCGGGGGCUGCCGGCACCCGAGUUCAGCACCGAGGGCACCGCCGUCACCUUCGGGGACCAAACCUUCCUCCUCAGCCACUUCGAGAGCGGCCCCCCCACACACCGGUACCCCGGGGCACCCCGCGAGCGCCUGGCCCUGCACGUGCUCCACGCCUGUCACCUCGUCCCCGAGCACCUCGAGACCCGCACCCUCUACAGCGGCACCCAGCCUGGGCUGGAGCAGGGCAAGGUGCAGAUGUGGGUGGACAUCUUCCCCGCCAGCCUCGGGCCCCCCGGCCCCCCUGUCGACAUCACCCCCCGCAAGCCCCAGAGGUACGAGCUGCGCUGCGUGGUCUGGAACACGCGGGACGUGGACCUGGGGGACACCAACCUGCUGGGGCAGCAGAUGAGCGACAUCUACGUCGCCGGGUGGCUGGACGGGCUGGAGGAGCAGCGGCAGAAGACAGACGUGCAUUACCGCUCGCUGCAGGGGGACGGGGCCUUCAACUGGCGCUUUGUCUUCUCCUUCGAGUAUCUGGCGGCCGAGCAGCUCUGUGUCCUGCCCCGCAAGGAGCAUUUCUGGAGCCUGGACGAGACAGUGCUGAAGGUGCCCCCCAAGCUCAUUCUCCAAGUGUGGGACAAUGACAAGUUUUCGGCUGAUGAUUUUCUAGGUGUCCUGGAGCUAGAGCUCACAAGGCUGCCACGGCCUGCCCAGCACCCCCAGGGCUGCACCCCAACACCACAGGGGACCCCCCAACGCCCCUGGCCAUGGUGGGGGCCACGGGCCCCCUCCUGGCUCUCCCUUUUCCGACAGAGACGGGUGAGGGGGUGGUGGCCCUGCACCAUGCAGGAGGGCGGCAAGCGGCGCCUCUCGGGUAAGCUGGAGCUGAGCCUGGAGCUGCUGCCGGCGAAGGAGGCGGAAGAGCGGCCGGCAGGGAAAGGCCGGGAGGAUCCCAACAUGUACCCGACGCUCCCGGCGCCCGUGCGGCCCGAGUGGUCCUUCCUGUGGCUGCGGGCACCGCUGCGCAGCCUCCGCUACAGCCUCUGGCGGCAACACCGCUGCCGCGUCAGCCUGGCGCUGCUGCUGCUGCUGCUGCUCGCCCUGCUCCUCGCCUUCGUCUACGCCGCCCCGGGUUAUUUGGCCAUGAAGCUGGUUAACCCUCUCCAGAGCCUGCAGCGCGGCGGCGGCGGCGAGCGUCCCGCAGGCCGGCCCUGA